UCCCUCAAUCCUAUAAAGGGAAACAUUAAAUCUUAAUCAAAUGUUUUAAUCUGUUCUAACAAUUUUGCAGGUUCUACCUUGAUUUCUCGGCAAUAUACGUUGGAGUUGGGAUGGUUUGUCCUCACAUCAUCAACAUAUCCGUGCUUCUUGGAGGGAUUUUAUCGUGGGGUCUAAUGUGGCCUCUGAUCGAAAGGAGGAAAGGAGAUUGGUAUUCCGCAGACCUGUCCUCUGGUAGCAUGCAUGGGCUUCAAGCUUACAAGGUGUUUAUCCCAAUCGCGAUGAUCCUUGGAGACGGACUGUACAACUUUCUCAAGGUAGUGUACCGGUACCAGCAAGACAGGAAGAAAAAUGGCCCUUUUCUUCCUAUAGCCUCGGUUUCCCCGAUCCCCGACCAGGCCUCGGUCGACACUCAGUGCUUUGGACGCUCCUUCGACGAUCAGAGGAGGACCGAGCUGUUUCUCAAAGAUGGAAUCCGGACAUGGUUCGCUAUAGCGGGCUAUGUAGCUAUAGCUGCUACCUCUGCAGGCAUUCUUCCUCAAAUAUUUCCCCAACUAAAAUGGUAUCAUAUCUUCGUCCUGUAUACGGUUGCACCACCCUUUGCCUUCUGCAACGCUUACGGAUGUGGUCUCACUGACUGGUCCCUGGCCUCGACCUAUGGGAAGCUUGUUAUCUUCAUCAUAGGAGCGUGGGCCGGGCAGGCUCAUGGUGGCGUGGUUGCCGGCCUCGUUGCUUGUGGGGUCAUGAUGAACAUUGUGUCCACGGCGUCAGACUUGACGCAGGACUUGAAGACUGGGUAUGUGACACUAUCCUCGCCCUGUUCCACGUUCGCAAGCCAGGUGAUUGGGACCGCAAUGGGCUGCGUGGUUUCUCCAUGCGUGUUCUGGAUCUACUACAAGGCCUUUGAUGACCUUGGGAUAGAUGGAAGCGAGUACCCCGCACCAAUCGCGUCUGUAUACAGGAGCAUGGCCCAACUCGGAGUGGAUGGCUUCUCUUCCCUUCCCAACAACUGUCUCAACCUUUGUUAUGGCUUCUUUGCUGCAGCGGUUGUGAUCAAUGGGGUCCGCGACCUCACUGGAAAGAGAUGGUCCAGGUUCAUUCCUGUUCCAAUGGCAAUGGCAAUGCCGUUCUACAUUGGGGCAUACUUCGCCAUCGAUAUGUGUAUCGGGAGUUUGGUCCUACUUGUGUGGGAGAAAAGAAACAAGACCGAGGCAAAGGCCUUCAUUCCUGCCAUUGCUUCGGGAUUGAUUUGCGGAGAAGGGAUAUGGAGCCUGCCCAGCUCGAUAAUAGCUUUUGCUGGAGCUAAGCCACCGUUUUGCUUGAAACUCAAGUUCUAACAUUAUGUUUUGCAUAUAGUUUUGUGAGGGAAUAGAAGGGAAAUAAGACCCGUUCUCUUAUUGCAGAUGAGGACGUGUAGCUCUAGAUUACGCAUGUAGAGGUGAUGCAUAUUUAUUUUUUUGCGGUAGAAACGUGAUGAAC